UCUGAGAGGCUGAACCUGAUUGUGUGUGGGGGUGAAGGGUCAGUGAAAUCCUCCAUAUCAGAUCUGAUAAUGGGUGAGAGAGAGUUCAGUGCAGAAUCCAGUUCAGUGUGUGUAAAGAGGGAAGCAGAAGUAUGUGGACGUCGGAUCUCCCUGGUGGAGCUUCCAGCUCUCUACAGCUCUCAGCUCUCAGAGGAGGAAGUGAUGCGGGAGACUCUCCGCUGUGUCUCUCUCUGUGAUCCUGGAGUUCAUGCUUUUCUCCUUGUCCUCCCUGAGGGACGCCUCACUGAUGGAGAUAAAGGAGAACUGGAAAAGAUCCAGAUGAUCUUUGGAACAAAAUUCAGACAGCACACUAUAGUCCUGAUCACUCAGUCCUCUCAGAACAAACCACUAGACCAGGACAGCGAGAGUUUGGUCAAAACCUACGGACAAACUUAUCAUUCAAUCAGCUCCAACACAGAAGCAGAAGAGGUGAUUCAGAGUGUCAGAAAUCUACUGAAAGAAAACAGAGGAAGUCUGUUUACAGCAGUCAUGUAUGCAGCUGCACAGAUAGAAGCACAUCUCAAAUACAAGAGAGAAAAUGAAGAUUUGAAACAAGAAAUCAGCGAACUCAAACUGAGCAGCAGCAAUCAAAUACAGGCUAGACAACAGAAACCAGAUGAACUCAGGAUUGUGCUGCUUGGGAAGACGGGUGUUGGCAAGAGUGCUACAGCAAAUACCAUCUCAGGAACAAAACUUUUUAAAGAAGAUCUUUCUUCUAAUUCAGUUACUAUCGUGUGUCAGAAAGAAUCAACUAACGUUGAAAUUGCUAAGUGUAUUACACUGGCUGCACCAGGUCCACACGUCUUUCUGCUGGUGCUGACAGUGGGACGCUUCACACCAGAGGAGAAAGAAGCAGUGAAGACGAUCCAAGAUCUGUUUGGUGAAGAAGCCAGAGGAUACACCAUGGUGCUCUUCACCAGAGGAGAUGAACUGCAGAACAAGAACAUCGAAGAGUUCAUUCAAACUUCUAACCCAUACCUAAAAUUUCUCAUCGGAAAUUGUGGAGACAGAUUCCAUGUAUUCAACAACAAGGAAACCAGAGACCAAACGCAGGUCACUGCUCUACUGGAGAAGAUCGACUCCAUGGUGACAGAGAAUGGAGGGAGCUGCUACACUAAUGAGAUGUUCCAGAAGGUGGAGAAAGCUCUACGAGAAGAACAGGAGAGAAUCCUGAAGGACAGAGUGGAGAAGAUGGAGAGAGAGAAAAAAGAGCUAAGAGCCAAACAUGAAGCUGAAAUUGAGAAACUAAAAAAGAUCAUGGUGGAAGAAAGACAGAAACAAGAUGAAGAGAGGAAAAUAAGAGAAAGGGAGUUUAGAGAAAAAGAAGAGCAGAUCAAAAGAGAAUCUGCAGAGAGAGAACAAAAUGAAAGAGAAAAUUACAACAAAAGACGAGAAGAGGAUGAAAAAAGAAUGAAGGAGCACAUAGAACACAUUAACAGAGAAAGAGAGGAAAACAGAAAACAGUUGGAGAAACAAAGAGAGGAAGAUCAGAGACAGCGAGAUCAGGAGGAAGAGGACAGAAGAAAGAAAGAAAAAGAAGAAUGGAGGAAGAAACAGCAAGAAGAGAAAGAGGAAUUUGAGAAAGAGAAAGAGGAGAUGAUACAGAAAGAAAGAGCUAAUCAGCAGAAGCUACAGAACAAGUAUGAACAGAAGGCAGCAGAGGAGGAAAAGAGAAGAAUAGCUCUAGAAGAGAAAAUAAAACACUCAGAAGAAAAGAAGAAGAAGGAGCUACAGGAGCUGCAGACAGCCCAGCGAAGAGAGUGGGAGAGGAUGAAGCAGGAGGAGGAGGAGAGGAGAGAAAAACAGGAGAAACAGUGGAGAAAAGAACUAGAGUCUAAAGAAAAAGCGUGGGAGCUUCAGCAAAACCACAAACAACAGCUGUAUGAACAGGAGAGACGAGUAGAGAGUGUAAGAAGAGCUGUAGAAGAGAAACAGAGGAAACAGAGAGAGGAAGAGGAGAAGAGAAGGAUAGAAAAUAAAGCAAAUGAAAAGAUUCGACGUAUGCAAGAAGAAAUGGCUUUUCAGAGAGAAAAUGAAAGGAAAGAAAGAGAGGAAGAAUUUAAAAUAGAACUGGAAAAUAAACUGAAAAUACAGAGAGAAAUUUUUCAUAAAUUACAAAAAGAAAGUGAAAUAGAUCAUAGAGAACAAGAAAAGAUUAAGCUGGCUUACAUUGCAGCAAAGCAUGAGGAAGAGAAGGAGAAAUUGAUCAGAGAGAUUGAAAAGGCAAGAAGUGAAGCAAGAAGAGAAGCUGAAGAAAAAUUCUGUGCCAGACUGGAUCAAAAAGUUAAAGAAGCAAAAGCAGAAGGACACAGAGAGGGUUACAGAGAAGGAGAACAAGAGGGACUUAGGAAAGGGUUCAUGAAAUGAGAGAAAGAGGGACAUGGUAAAGGGUUUAGGGAAGGAAAGAAGGAGGGACGUGAUAAAGGGUUAAGGGAAGGAGAGAAGGAGGGACAUGAUAAAGGGUUCAGAAAAGGAGUGGAGGAGGGAGAAAAGAAGGGAGCUAAAGCAAUAGAAGCACAGAGGACCAUAUCUGGUAGAGGCAUUGAUGCAGCUGUUGUCUGGUUAUUGAAUCGUUUUUUUCCCUGAAGGACACAGAGUUAAGAUGAAGGACCUGAUUCCCAAUUAUUAAGAGAGUCUAGCAAAGAGAAGAUGUGAAUAACUGAUGGUGGUGGAAAGAGCAGUAAAUGUUUGAUGUAAAAAUGUAAUGUACAUUCAUGAAGAGACAUCAACAAUCUCAAGGUCCAGGGUUAAGCAGCCCCACUCAAGUUCCAAAGAAAUUCUAGCUGCCCCUGGCCCCCGUCGUUCACCUCUGUAUCAUAACCUGGUGUGUGUGUAUCAGUGUGGUCUUCCUCUGUGAUCAAGAACAUAAUUAAUGUGAGAGAAUUUUUUUAAGGUCAUGUGAUUUUUCACGCUGAAUAUGAUUGUUUUGGAUGUAAGAUUUAUAAAGUAGUGGGACCUUUCCACUGAGUCCAACAAGUUUUUUUUACAUUGUGUUCUGUAAACUGGGCUAGAACCCCCACAGCUUUAAUAAAUCUCUAAUAAAUGUU